GACAGAAAGCAGAAAGACAGCAGCAGAAAAUAGCAUUUUGCUUGAAUGUAUGUUUGAUUUUGCUCACUGCUUGUCGGAGUGAAGAUCACCAGACUAGUUUCACUGGGUAUCUAUUUCCCUCUUGUGCGAGAGAGAAGGUGUCUACUCUAGCGAGAUCGUGAGGUAGCUUCAGGCCGUCCAAAAUGAGGUUCCGAUUCUGCGGAGAUUUGGACUGCCCGGACUGGGUACUUGCGGAAAUCAGCAUCCUUUCCCGAAUUACAUCCAUCAAGAUGAAGCUGCUCUGCAUUCAAGUCAUUCAAGAUCUACUGGGCAAAGCGAUCGAUUAUGAGAAGGUAUUCAAGCUUACUGGUGACGCUAAAUACGAGCCAUCGGAUGUGAAGGCAUCGAUCGCCGCUCUGCAUUUCAUCAUCUCCAAUGCUGGCAAGUAUGCCGUGGCCAGUGAAGUCCUCAGCAGCGAGCUGCAACAGCUGGGUCUUCCAAAAGAGCAUUCGUCGGCUCUGUGCCGGGCGUACGGUGACAACUUGACCAAGCUACAAGAUCACUUCGCCGCCAUCAGUUUAAGAUUGGGCUCUUUGAAGCAGUUGGACUGGCGUGUCGACUACAUCCUCUCGAGUAGUCAAAUCAGCGAAGUGCAGGAGCCCAGUGUGCAGUUGCAGAUGAAGGUAAAGGCGGCGGAGUCGAACAGCGAGGAGAACGUUGCGUUCUCAAUGUCCAGCGACAAAUUCCGGGUUUUCUUAUCUGAACUGAAACAGGCAUACGCUAUUGUUGAAAACCUCGCGGCGUAAACUCGACAAGCUCCGAGCGUCACAACUUGUAAGCAUGUCCUUGCUGUAUCAAUCGCUGUUCUUCUCCACCUCUCAUCCUGCGAACUAGUGUUUGAAUAAUCAUUUUACAUUAUACACGUUAGGAAAAAUUGAUGGUAAUUUUGCAUGAAGAUUUUCAUUUUCUAUUUUUUUUGCACCUUGUUGACCGAGGUGAAUAAAGAGUAUUGUCACUAUUACCCGUUUGUGUUCUUGCUACUUGCUGGUACAGUAUGCUUAUUAUUAAAAUUUGUUCGCAUUGAACUCAGAGCACGACUUGAGAGGCUAGUUGUGCAAGCAUCAUGAUCAACAGCGUCUGGCUGCGUACUGUGUUUUGAUCUUUUCUUACGUCAUGCGUUCGCUGUUUCCACUGUGCAGUCAGAAUUUUUGUUAUUCCUUGAACGAAAAAUGAAUUUGUGGUUAUGGUUAUGA